GGCCAAAGUCUGAAAUGACUUGAAGACACAACAACAACAACAAUCCUAAUUAACCUGACUAUCUCAUUGGCCAGAAGCAGGCCCACACUUCUGAUAGGUUUAUGUUGGUUACAAUUGUUUUCAUUUUUAAAUAUUGUAUUGGUCUUUCAUUGUUAUUGUUGUUGUUUUGCACUACAUAUUGUAUUGGUCUUUCAUUGUUAUUGUUGUUGUUUUGCACUACAUAUAAGAUAUGUGCAGUGUGCAUAGGAAUUUUUUCAUUUUCUUUUUCAAAUGAUAAUUUGGCCCCUCAACAGUCUGAAGGAUUGUGGACCGGCCCUCUGCUUAAAAAGUUUGGGGACCCCUGGUCUAAAGCAUACAGUUCCAAUGGAAGUCUAAGGCAUGAAUUUCCUGCACUGAAGUCUCUAAACGUAGAGUUCCUACUGAAGUCUGAAGCACACUGUUCUAAAAUGGAGUCUGAGUCCUGAACAAGCCCAGACCUGAUCACAUGGUCUGCAGCCCCUCCCACAUCAAAGAGUUAAAGAAAACUGCAAACCAAUACCCACAUAUAUAAUACAGCAAGAAAUCUGAAUUAUAUGCAUAACAAAUAACUAGUGGAGGUUUGGAGACGGUUGCCAUUUCCAUCAAUCUGGCCUUGAAAAAACCCUGCGGUUAUGGUUUCAGGCAUCUUUCGGGCUGGAGGAAUCCCCCUGAUUAUGGAUUUAUUUAUUUAAAUUGUAUUCUGCCUCUUUUCCAAGCCAAGGUGACUCACGGCAUAAUUGAAAAGGAAGAUCUGCUUUAGUGGGAAAAUAAGAUAAAUAUAACACCCUGUUGGAAACAUCAUGGAUGGGUGGCAUUUCGGGGAGAGCGCGCAAGACCCGAAGUGUGGCACGCUCCCCUCCGCACUCCCACAGGCCACAUGGAGCAACGUGGCAAACAAUGGGGCGCAUGGGGAGAAAUGGCUGGUGUUUGCACCGCACCCCUCCAUUGUGUCUCACUACGAAAUUAGUGUCGAGACUCAGCCUUUGUGUGACUCUGAUGAGGAUUCUGGGAUGCAGUUUCAAGAUGAUGGGAUUCAGGUUCAGGAUGAGUUUCAAGAUGACUCUGAUGGGAAUUAUGGGGUUCAGGUUCAGGAUGAGUUUCAAGAUGACUCUGAUGGGAAUUAUGGGGUUCAGGUUCAGGAUGAGUUUCAAGAUGACUCUGAUGGGAAUUAUGGGAUUCAGGUUCAGGAUGAGUUUCAAGAUGACUCUGAUGGGAAUUAUGGGAUUCAGGUUCAGGAUGAGUUUCAAGAUGACUCUGAUGGGAAUUAUGGGAUUCAGGUUCAGGAUGAGUUUCAAGAUGACUCUGAUGGGAAUUAUGGGGUUCAGGUUCAGGAUGAGUUUCAAGAUGACUCUGAUGGGAAUUAUGGGGUUCAGGUUCAGGAUGAGUUUCAAGAUGACUCUGAUGGGAAUUAUGGGAUUCAGGUUCAGGAUGAGUUUCAAGAUGACUCUGAUGGGAAUUAUGGGAUUCAGGUUCAGGAUGAGUUUCAAGAUGACUCUGAUGGGAAUUAUGGGAUUCAGGUUCAGGAUGAGUUUCAAGAUGACUCUGAUGGGAAUUAUGGGAUUCAGGUUCAGGAUGAGUUUCAAGAUGACUCUGAUGGGAAUUAUGGGGUUCAGGUUCAGGAUGAGUUUCAAGAUGACUCUGAUGGGAAUUAUGGGGUUCAGGUUCAGGAUGAGUUUCAAGAUGACUCUGAUGGGAAUUAUGGGGUUCAGGUUCAGGGUGAGUUUCAAGAUGACUCUGAUGGGAAUUAUGGGGUUCAGGUUCAGGGUGAGUUUCAAGAUGACUCUGAUGGGAAUUAUGGGGUUCAGGUUCAGGAUGAGUUUCAAGAUGACUCUGAUGGGAAUUAUGGGGUUCAGGUUCAGGAUGAGUUUCAAGAUGACUCUGAUGGGAAUUAUGGGGUUCAGGUUCAGGGUGAGUUUCAAGAUGACUCUGAUGGGAAUUAUGGGGUUCAGGUUCAGGAUGAGUUUCAAGAUGACUCUGAUGGGAAUUAUGGGAUUCAGGUUCAGGAUGAGUUUCAAGAUGACUCUGAUGGGAAUUAUGGGGUUCAGGUUCAGGAUGAGUUUCAAGAUGACUCUGAUGGGAAUUAUGGGAUUCAGGUUCAGGAUGAGUUUCAAGAUGACUCUGAUGGGAAUUAUGGGAUUCAGGUUCAGGAUGAGUUUCAAGAUGACUCUGAUGGGAAUUAUGGGAUUCAGGUUCAGGAUGAGUUUCAAGAUGACUCUGAUGGGAAUUAUGGGAUUCAGGUUCAGGAUGAGUUUCAAGAUGACUCUGAUGGGAAUUAUGGGAUUUGGGUUCAGGAUGAAUUUCAAGAUGACUCUGAUGGGAAUUAUGGGAUUCAGGUUCAGGAUGAGUUUCAAGAUGACUCUGAUGGGAAUUAUGGGAUUCAGGUUCAGGAUGAGUUUCAAGAUGACUCUGAUGGGAAUUAUGGGGUUCAGGUUCAGGAUGAGUUUCAAGAUGACUCUGAUGGGAAUUAUGGGAUUCAGGUUCAGGAUGAGUUUCAAGAUGACUCUGAUGGGAAUUAUGGGAUUCAGGUUCAGGAUGAGUUUCAAGAUGACUCUGAUGGGAAUUAUGGGAUUCAGGUUCAGGAAGAGUUUCAAGAUGACUCUGAUGGGAAUUAUGGGAUUCAGGUUCAGGAUGAGUUUCAAGAUGACUCUGAUGGGAAUUAUGGAGUUCAGGUUCAGGAUGAGUUUCAAGAUGACUCUGAUGGGAAUUAUGGGAUUCAGGUUCAGGAUGAGUUUCAAGAUGACUCUGAUGGGAAUUAUGGGAUUCAGGUUCAGGAAGAGUUUCAAGAUGACUCCGAUGGGAAUUAUGGGAUUCAGGUUCAGGAUGAGUUUCAAGAUGACUCUGAUGGGAAUUAUGGGAUUCAGGUUCAGGAUGAGUUUCAAGAUGACUCUGAUGGGAAUUAUGGGAUUCAGGUUCAGGAUGAGUUUCAAGAUGACUCUGAUGGGAAUUAUGGGAUUUGGGUUCAGGAUGAAUUUCAAGAUGACUCUGAUGGGAAUUAUGGGAUUCAGGUUCAGGGUGAGUUUCAAGAUGACUCUGAUGGGAAUUAUGGGAUUCAGGUUCAGGAUGAGUUUCAAGAUGACUCUGAUGGGAAUUAUGGGAUUCAGGUUCAGGAUGAGUUUCAAGAUGACUCUGAUGGGAAUUAUGGGAUCAAGGUGCAGAAUGUCCCUGCUGUGGGAGAUGAGGAGCAGUGAGGCUUUCCCAUGGGAAGAAAUGAUGUUGUUACUGAUGAUGGUUUUCAGGUGCAAGAAGCAGAAAGGGAGAGCGGUUCCCAGCCUCUGUCUGAUAACACUAACGAGCCCUGUGGCCUUGAAAGCGAUGAGG